CAUAAAAUCAAUUUUGCCACGGUACACUUUCCCUUUUGUUCCCCUCCUUCUCCGUCUUUCUCCCCCAUUUCUCGAGUAAACUGAGUGGAAUUUGUGAUUACUGUCUCAAACCUUAAGAAAACUCCCAAACCCGAGUUGCAUUGGUGAAAGCCUUAACAGGUCUCAAAUUCAGUCUUUCAAAAACCCUAUUUUUGUCCAUUUUUGCGCACCAAACGACCAUCAUUGCUGUCGUUUUGGCUGAAAAAAAAAAUAUUUGAACUCGCCAACUCGAUUGCAAGAUCGCUAAUUUGGGUGAGUUCAUGGCGAGUCCACCGAGUAUGCUCCAGAAACGAGUUUGCUUCUCGGAAGCUAUGUGCACGAACGAAAACUCGUAUGGUUUUACAGAUCAAUGCUGAAGUCCCUACCUUUCUGUACUGUAUUUGAACUCCAUGCUGGAGCUGAUAAUGAAGUUGAAGGAAGCUCAAUACAACAACGUUUAGUUUGAACUGCAUUUGUCAGAAGCUUAGACAUACCACAAAUACCUACCAACAACCAACAAGAGACAACUGAAAAUGCCGGUUAUGAAGCGAUAUGUUCUGAGAUUGUUCAUAUCAUUGAAGUAUAUCACUGCAAACGUGGUAGACAGAAGCAAUGGUCGAAUUGUAGCAACAUCAUCCACAGCAGAACAUACCAUUAAAGGGUCACUUGAGUGUGGCAGGUCCUGCAAUGCUAAAGCAGCUACUGUUGUUGGAGAGGUAUUGGCUAGGCGGCUCAAAGUUGAGGGCCUCAAUGAAGGAGAAGGAAGAGGGAUUCAUGCAAACAUAGGUAAAGAAGUAGGGAAGAAAGGAUUUAAGAACCAAACCAAGGUUUGGGCUGUUAUGAAUGCUCUCAAGAACAAUGGUGUCAAACUCAUCCUCGAUGAUGAAAACGAUGACAAAAAUUCUUGGCCUGGUUCAUAAUUAAAAUAUCAUGAUGCUAUCGUUUCAGGUACAAUCUGCUGAAAUAUGUAAUUGGAUUAUCAUUUCUUGCAUUUGACAUCUAUUUGGUAACUAUUUCUUCCUCCAUAGUUUCUUCCUGCAUCUCCAUAAGGUACGAGAAAUGUCAAAAGUACCUAUUAUCUUAUUCAAAUAUACAUUUCGGAUUUAAUAAUUCAAAAUACAUUUAUUAUUUGUAUUCCAUAAUGCAUAAUCUGAAAUACAAAAUUUGUAUUAUGAAAUGCAUAAA